CGCAGGGACUUUCUAAUGGCUUAACUCGUGAGAAUGUGGCUAGUCAUUUGCAAAAGUAUAGGCUAUAUUUAAAACGUAUGCAGAGACUUUCUAAUGGUGGCAGUGGCAAUGGGAAUGGAAGUAUAUCGGGUUUAUCCGGGGGAGGGAUGGUGGAUACAACAACAGAUCAACUGUUUGCUAGUUCACCAGUGCCUCCACAUUUCUUGCAUCCGGGGAGGGGUAAUUCUGACCAGUAUAUGCCGUUCGUGCCAGUGGCAGCACUGCAGUAUCAUCAUCAGAUGGCUGCAGUUGUUGGACACCCUCCACAGCUUCAGCAACAGUAUAGGCAUUUUGGGUCGCCACCAAACCGGCAGUUUGAGGUUCCAUUUUUGUCGCGGCAGUCGCAACAGCAGGUUCCAUAUUUGUCGCGGCAGUGCAUAGUAGUAGUCCUAUGGUGCCAUCUUAUGUUGAGGAUUUGGAAUCAGCUACAACUGCUAAUGGGAGAAAGGUUCUUACUUUGUUUCCAACUGGGGAUGAUUAAUAUUAAGGGUAACUGUUGAUUUGUCAUUAUGCAAUUAUCCUGUUAAUUUGGCUUAUGGAUAUAUGUGGAAACUGUCUUCUGUAUAAUUCCCGAGUCUUUGAUUUUGGACCUUUUAUUGGAUAAGUAGUGUUUCAGUUUUUAGUAUCUCUUAUGUAUUGGUCCUUAUAAGACUAUGAAUCCACUUUCCAGCCUA